AUGUCGGUGAAUUGGGUAAUGAUUUCUUCUGAUGGCAAACACCCAGUACCUCUACCUGGCGAGAAGGUUUUCUUUAGUCAAGAAAAGGUUUCGCUUAUAUUGGAUAUGGGAGGUGGAUAUCCUGGAAAUCACCCAAAUUUAAAAGCGGAAGGAAUUGUUUUUGUAACAAAUCAAAGAAUAAUAUUUCUAUCUCAUCCAUCUUUAGAACAUUUUAAAUCUUUGAGUAUACCGUUAUUAAAUUUGAAAGAUGGUAAAUUCCAACAACCUUGGUUUGCACCUAAUUAUUAUCAAGCUACUAUGAUCCCUGUUUCAAAUGGUGGAUUAACAUCUCCAGGUGAAUUGAAAAUUACAUUUAAGGAAGGUGGCGGAUUUGAAUUCAGUUCAAUUUAUAAAGAAGUGCUUAAAAGACAUGCUGAAAUGGAGGGCACGGGACCAAUAGAACAUCUUGAACCUUUACCAGUUUACACACCGUCUUCAAGCUCAAAUUCAACAUCAACACAAACACCACCUGUUGAAGCUACUAUUACUUCUUCUUCAAU